UCUACUUCCGCCUAAACAACGUGAGGAGAGAAAUGUAAACAUUGAUCAAUAUUUAUCCUGUUGGUCUCUGAAAAUGUGAAUUAAUUCCAAAGUUUAUAGCGACCUGUAUCAUUUCAUGUUAGAGGCUGCGCAACACCGGUCGCGGAAUGGAAGAAGACCACCCAAUAUUUUGUUUCCAGCACUGUAGCAGAGACGAGAAUAUUUUGUGUCUGUCGCUCCCCAAUCACUGCCCGCUGUGCAGUAGGGACUUGCAGACAACUCAGAUGCUCAUCCCUCCGUUUCGACUGACGUACCCGUUUCAGUGUGCAAUAAAAUCACCUUGCAGCGUUGUCAUUAGGCCUACACAUGGUUCGUUUCUCAGGGACUACACCAACUCCUCUAACCUGCAUGUAGGCAUUACAAAUACAAAAGGUUCAGUGUAUGACUAUGAUGAGGGGGGACUUCAUGUCCACUCUCCCACCUGGACAUCCACAGAGACACUGACCAUACCGGUCAUCCAGACCAAUGACACUAUGUGGAGUCACACAUGGAAUAUCAGACUGGAACAGUGGGCCAUGCAGCAACAGUGGACAGCAGACAGGUAUAACGACACCCAUCACAACUGCUAUGACUUUGUUCUUGGCUUUCUGCAGUACAUGGGACUGGACAAAUGUCUCCCCUGUGCCAGCAACAGGACGGAAUUCUGUGCUAAGAUGAUUGUACCUAAGACAACUGCUGCAGCCAAAUAUAUAUCACUGUAUAGAAAACUUUAUAAAGACAAGGUAGUCAUACAGACUGCUGCACCUUGACUUCAAGGCCACUGACAACAACUUCACUUCACACAGCAUUCCCUUUGUCAACUAUAGUUUCAAGGUGCUAACAACUAGCUCCCUGUAGCCAGCAUAUAAUCUUAGUUGCCCUGAGUUUCAUAGUUCUGGCAGUGAAUGAGCAUUACCCUAAAUCAGCAUUCCCCAGGACACUAGUAAUGGCUUGCCUUUAUUUUAACCCCAAAAGCAAUGAUACUGAUAAAGAUGCAAGUGCCCAGUAGCCGCAGAAACUCAGCGUAAAGGUUCUGUAAACCCAGGACAAAAAUGGCAUCGAGUGGAACAGUUUUCUGUAUCUUACCAUUUUGAGAAAUUGGCAACUUAUUAACAUGACUAUUACAUGAAAGAGUCUUCAAAACAGGGCCCUGUGCUCUGCAUGACCAAUUACCAAAUUAAUUUUGAUUGGUACAAACAUUUGGAAGUAAACUUGUGAAACAGAAGAAAACCCUGUUGCAUAAUUUUAUGUUCAGGUCAGUGAAAAUGAUGUGAAACAGAGAAGUGUUGUGAUAAAGGUCAAAGCCAAGUACCACAUAAAUCCUCACAAAGCUUUGGAGUUAUUUACUAAUGAAAGGUGGAAAAUAUGUUGUAUUUUUAUAUCAUAAUUAAUUGUUUUAUUGUUCUCGUAAUAUUAAUUUCUACAAGGGCACUUUUUAUUUGACUUUGAAAGUAAUUUUAGUUACUAAGAUUAGCCACAUGACUGAAAAAAAUGCUCCACAUGACAUUAAAUACUAUACCAUCAUACAGACUACUUAACAGUUAUCAUAAUGAGUGAUUUCAAGAUAAUUUGGAGAAUUUCCAGACUGUGGGGAAUUUUAGAUGCAGUAACUCUUUAUGCCUCAAUACAUAGCUGUGAGGCGAAAGAAUGGUUUCAUAAAUUGUGUUGUAAAAUAUGUUUGUGCAAUAAAAGCAUCAGAUAAAAUGCAGCCAAGGGUG